CCAGUUGGCCGCGAGUUUUGGCACCGAACGGUCUACGAAAAUGAGCGAAUUUUCCGCCCGCACUUCCGCUUCCUGCUCUUCCUCUUUCCGCAGCGUUACUACUUGUUAUUAUUUGUAUUGUUAAAUCAGAGUGAUAAACUAAUAUAUUUGCCAUUUAAAUGUGGCCAAAUGAUCAGCAAGGAUAAGUAAGAAGAACGGAGAGAUGCAUCACGAUUGGUAAACGAAUGGCACUCGUUCGGAUAUGAUGAGCUUCACCAUUACCUUGGCGCUACUGCUCCUGGCAGUUCUGAUCCUGGGCAUCUUGUUCGCCUGCCACUGUCUUGGUCCGCGGGCCGCCAACUGGAUGCGUAUGCGAUCCAGCAAGGAGGAAAAGAUCGGACUAUCCAAUCACAAGCAAAAGCUCUUCCAUGCCAAUGGUUAUAUGGCCAGUAUACAAUCCGGCUCCGAGUUCCUGCUGAGCACCAGUGGUAGUUUCAAGCGUUUCGAUACCAUCGACAAGGAGGACUACAAUCGCUCCCAGCAGACGCAUCAGACGCAUCUGUUCCUGAUGAACGGCGGCGGUGCGGUUUCGAUAACCGGAUCAUCCAGUGCCCUGCAGGCCACCACGGCCAUGUGGCAUCUACCGCGUUCGGGUAUUAAGAUUCCACCACCGCCCGAUCGACCAGCUCCAUCUCCGAAUAGUGCUGCAGCAGCCGGCAAAACGGUUACCUUCUCUUUGAGCCAGGUAAACGAGGUCAUCAUGCCCGGCGAGCAGGUGACAUCCAACGAUCAGGAACGUCGCUCCUGCCUGCGACAAAAUGGUGGAACUGCGGGCGGUGCUGGCGGCGGUGGUGUGCUGCCGCAGCCACUGGAGGCACCACCUCCGCCACGACUCACCGCAUCGACGUCGGUGAACUUAUCGGGUACGGCGAUUCCAAGGCCCAUUGCCAAGCGGCAAGUGUCCACGCAGCCGGCCAACAAUAGCGGAUGCCAGCCGGAGCAGACCGUGGUGACCCCGAUGCGGGAGGGUGAGAGAAAAGCGCCUGCCUUGAAGCGUAGAAACUCCAGCACUAAUCCCUUCCUGUGCGAAUCAACGGAGCAGAUACCCAGUAAUCCCAUUUCUGAACCUCUGAAUGCCACGGUGGCUUCUCUGGAAAAAACGACUAUUUCAACAAGUGAAUGUACUCCUAUAACUGCUCCUCUAGAGACUCCAAAUGGGCCUAUUUCAACGGAUACUCCAUCCACCAUACAUCACAAUGGCAAUCCCUUCGUGGAGAGAGAAAGUCUGUCCAGCAGACUCCUGAAGAUCCAUAACACAACGAAUCCUUUCACGGGACUCUCGCAACGCGUCAAGGGUCCGCAUCUACUGCAAAAGACCAUUUCGGAGGAUUAUCUAUUUCGGAAAUUGGGUGUCAAUUGUCCGAUGGCCAAUGGCAAUGGUACGGGACCAGGAUCUGGUCAUGUCAACGGAAAUGGCAAUGGAACUUGGUCCUUUGGACGCUCCCUGUUGCGACAGGACUCCACAUUGAGUCUGGGCAUGGGCUUGGGCAGAAGGAACAGCUCCCAGGUAUCCCUGGAUUCACAUGCGGGAUCGGUGCCCGGUUCAAUGGAUGGCAUCAAUUUGGAGCGAGCCAUCUCCUGCGAUUCGGUAACCUCGGACUCCACUCUAUUCCUGGAUCAAUUGGAUCAGCCCUACACUCAGAUAACCGGAUAUUUAUGCGUUGGCCUUAACUACGAUCAGAUGAGUAUUAGCAACGAGGGCAUGGAACUGACUGUUAGUGUCCUGGAGGCCAAGGGACUCAUAUGUCCAUUCAGCGUUGAAUCCCUGGACACCUUUGUGCGCAUCUACUUGGUGCCGGAUCAUCCGGGAGCUAUGCAAACUAAGGUGGUCAAGGGAACACUGACACCCAGCUACAACGAAAGUUUCGAUUUCUGGCUGCACAAGCGACAGGCGCGCCAUUCGCUGUGGUUCCAUCUGUACCACAAUGGACCCGCCCACACGCUCAUUGGCGAGGCGGAGAUGGAAAUUGGUGAGAUGCCACGCCCCAUUACCACAUGGAUACCACUGUCCGAUUCGCGCAAGUGCAACGCCCGCUGGGGCGAGCUAAUGUUCUCUCUAAGCUAUCUGCCCACGGCGGAAAGACUAACCAUCGUCGUGGUCAAGGCACGGAAUCUCAAGCUGGACGGUGAGCAACCGGCUCCGGAAUCCGCGGAAACGGUGCACAGCGUCUUCGUUAAGGUCUACCUGAUGGACAAGGAUCGCAAGGUGCUAAAGAAGCGCACCUCACUGAAGCGCAAGGAUCGCAGUCCGAUCUUCAACGAAUCGAUGAUCUUCAGUGUGCCGCCACCCAGUUUGACCACCACCCAGCUGCGGGUGACCGUGUUCGGGGUGACAACUAGUGGGGUGACCCCGUUGGGUCACAUCGUGGCCGGCAGCUGUGCGGUGGGCAAGGGAUUGCGCCAUUGGCACCAGAUGCUCUCGUCGCUUAGGAAACCGGUGGCCAUGUGGCAUGUCCUGCGGCGUGCGGUCAAUCAGCCGAUUUUCACGGGCGGCGCCGAGGCGGUGGUGGCCGCCAUGCAAAACACCCUGCAACGCUCCACCGCCAAGCGGAACAGCAUCGUCUAGAUAGAAGUCUCGCGAAGAUCACAGACGGCGACGACGGCGGCGGCUCACAUCAACGGCGAAAUUUUCUGCCUCACUGACGACACUAACUGCACCGCCCUUUUAAUUUGGAAAAACCCCUUUCGUAGAAGAGAUAUACCUUUUUUGGGGGGGAGAAGAAGAAAAGAAGAGAACGACGAAAAAAACAGAAGAAAACCUUGUGGAAAAUUGCAUUUACCACACUCUAGCCAUGAGACUUUCUUACUUUUCUACUGCUUACGAACACACACACAACCAGAAGUAUUAUUAUGUAAUCUAAAAACCCGCACCAAAGGACAAACGAUCCACUUAACUAGUAACCUAGCUACCCAUAUUUGAGCGCACUAAUUGUUAUGAACCGAUUUUUAUUGAACCGAGUAUAUCUUAUAUGAUGAUGCAACCUCGAUCUGAAAAACGAAAACAAAAGAGUCCACACACUUGUUGAAAUUUGUCGCAUACAGCGAGCGAAAUAAUUGCAUAAACUGGCAUUAUCUAUCUAUUAGAUAUUAUUUCUAUAUAGCAUAUUUAUUUCCAUUCUUGUUUAUGGAAACAGAACAUUUGUAGAUGUGUGUCCCAAAAAGGGCCUGUUUAUCUUACUUGGCUACAUUUCAGAGCUCUCAUAUUAUUUUACCAUUUCAAAUCAUCUGCCACUUGGCAGCUCAAAUUUCCCACUUUAAGUUCCAUUCUCGUUGGGUAAAUCCAAUGAAAACUGAUAGAUAGAGAUCGUAAUGGAGUAAAAUCAAUAAUGAUAGCAUUGAUAAAGCCAAUGGAAAUACAAUUAUUUCGCGAGCUGUAUGGUUUAGCCUAGCGACCAGUGAGCCUGUUAUAUUAGAACUCUAUAGAUAGAUCGUCGUUUGGCAAUCAAACGUUGUUGAAUUUGAAGCCCAAAUCGAAAUCGAGAACAAAACUCGAUAACCGAUAAUCGAUAAUCGAGAAUCGAGAAGCGGCGAGCCCUUUAAGCAUUGUGAUAUGAUAUAAUAGCAAACGAAGUGAAUUCAGAGUGCGUCUGUGUCAAGAGCGGAGAAUCGUAUCGAAGGAAAUCAAAGUAUUUACGAUAGCUACAAUCCAUAGUCGAUAUAAAAUAUUAAUAAUAAUACUAAUAAUAUUAUUGAUGAUAUAUAGGUACCAUAUGUAAUGUUUGUACUUUUGUGAUUUGUGUUCGUUCAAAUUUUUUGUAGGGCCGCGUGUUUUGUAAUUUAGAUUUAGUUGGUUCAAGGAUCAAAACUUUUUUAAGCGAAUGUUAUAUAUAUACACGCACCGUUAAUACACACAUAGAUUUCAAUUUAGAGAACGUUUUUUAAACAGUAAAGGACAAUAACUUUGCAAGCAUUUACCAUAUGAUUCCAUGUUAAACACAAGUAAUUAUAAUUACCAAACAUUAAACAAAAGUUCGUUGUUGGUCCCGUUUUAACAUGAACCGAUUGUCCGCUACAACCUUAUAAUAUAUGAUGAUCAUAAUGUAUAUGAUCCUGAGACCAUAAUAGAACGCACUCGAAUACACGAAUAGUACUUUCCUAGUCGCACCUGCAUUUUGACCAACCAACCAAUCGAAUCGAAAACCUGGCACAUUUCUAGCUCAAGCUUUAAUCAAUGUAAUCCUCUAAUAGAACUCAGUAACGUUUUUGAAUCACACUUACUAAAUGGAUAUAAAAUACAUAUAUGUAUGCAGAGGGACAGUGCGUUUCACAAUUGUAUGAAGUGAGAUAAUAGCAUUUAUUCAUUCGGUUCGAAGAACACAAUUUCCCAUUUGACAACUUUUUGCGGUAAGUUCGAUUACAUAUCCUAAUUAAAAACAGCUGGCUGAAUUCGAAAUUAUUUGACAAUCGCCAACAGUUGGCCAUCAUUUGUUCCGAAAUUUAAAAGAUUGUUACUUGUGAAACGCGCUGCACCGUAUAUAUAAGCAUAUAUGUAUAUAUUUACACAAAAAAUAUAUAAAGAAGGCAUUUAAAAGGCAUUAAAUGGAAAGUCCUUUCACCUAAAAACUUCUAGUAUAUAAAUCGCUGAGAAUUUUUUUUUCUUUUUUUUACGUACUAUUAGCUAAUGAAACGAUAUGGCUAAACUCGAGUUGAAUUUGUAUUUAUACGGAAAUAUAUAUAUACAUAUAUAUAUAUGUGUGUACGUGCUAUAUAAGAUAAUGAAUGCUACAAAUUGUUAUACACGUAAACCGAAAUUGACUCAAAUAAACGAAUAAAGAUAUUAAACG